CUUAUUCUCACCUCUCACUUCUUUCCAUCUUAUCACCACUCUUCAUCUAGCUCUUUGCUGGAUAUUUCAGAUUGUUAUAAUUUUCUGUCCGGCAGGCAAGUGUUUUAAGAGUGGGCCCGUCAUACAACAUGCUCAAGCCGUUUCUGAUAAGGGACCUUCACGAGGAUCCUUAUUCACAGAAUAUUAUUGAAGACACCGCGUCUGAUUUGUACAAUGCCACCGAUGCGGGCGUCAGCCCUCAGCGGCCACACGGGCUUGUCCAGAUAACCAGAGCCGAUUACGACGAAAUCGCCUAUUUACAUCCGCAGGCCCGCCUGUCUUAUCUAGACGAUGAUGAUGGGGAUAUCAUCACGGUCGGGUCCUCUCUUGAGCUCGCUCAACGGCUUGAAGAGCCGGCUUCCCACAGCACAGACACCGGUUUCCCAUCGACUAUACAUCUAUUCGAUAUUAGACGAACAAAGUCCGUUAUAGAUAUCUGGAGGCGGUAUGAACAUAAUGAGCGCCAGUCGGUUCCAGGGUCGCCAAAUACGGAAGUUGUAAUAGCCGAUUUGAAUGGCAAUCGGACUACGGCAGAUCUCGAGGAACUCGAUUCCAGUCGCGAACAGAAGUCGCAUGUUGAGGAUGAGCGAACGACCACGACUGAAAACGAAUCAUCUGAGUCGUUCCUUUCCGCAUUCGAGGCAGAGAUGGCCAGAAUGAUGAAUGAAUCACAGCGUCCAGAAAACCACGCCUCCGGGAGCACAACAUCUUCCAGGGCGGCACAAACCGAAUCAACCUCUAACCCACAACGCGAGACGGCUGACGCUUUUGCUUCCGCCCUGCGGAGUCUCAUGGAAGUUGCGGAGCUCAUCAAAUCUGGCGUGAGAUCCAAACUUCCUGAGCUUGAGAGACAUUUGGACAAUGCUCGCAGAGCGCUUCCAAACGACAUUACAGACUCUAUGCGGAGUGCUUUCCUGGCUUUCGAGGAGCAGGUCAAGGCGAUGGUGGCCACCCUUAACAAUCUGCCAGAGACGGUCAGGCGAGACAACGCACCUGGAAGCGCUAGCCUUUUUUCGGAGUUCCCUACAACUCAGAGCGCCAUGAACAGCCUGCGUGAACUCAGCGUACAGUUUGGCGGCUUGGGGCAGACUUUGAUUGACGCUUUCGAAUCAAGUAUCCGAGGCGCUUUCCCGGGCCAUGCGGAUAGCUUCUUCUCUAGCUUCCCCAGCUUCUCCGAGUCAGCGAACCAACGAUCGAGCUCACCGAACAAUGGCCCAGAAAAUCCCUCAAGUCACCAUGAGAACCCUGUUUUUAGGCAGACAUCAAACAACCCGGCCGCUUUCCCUUCUCAUCAGACAAAUGCGCCGAAUGCACCAGGUUCAGUGCCACCCCCUGCGUCUUACCACCCUUUCUGGGGUUCUCCUCAGUUUCCAUAUAUCCCUCCGUUUCACUGGCCAGCGUGUUCGCCUGGCUUUGGUCCCAUACCUUUCACUGCUUCGCCUGGCUCUGGAACUGCUGCCGAUUCCGGACAGACCCGCUCUAACCCCUCCGAGCCUCCCAGUCCUGAACCUCAUCCGUCCCAAUCAUUGUUCAUCGGUAAUGUCGGGUUUAAUGUAACCAAGGCGAUGAUCAGGGAUGUGUUCUCGUCUAAAGGCCUCGUGGUCGGUGUGAAUCUCCCAGUAGAUUCCAGGAGCGGUAAACAUGCAGGGUUCGGUUACCUCACUUUUGCCACUAAUGAGGGUGCCACGCGGGCGAUGAAGGAAUUGCAAGGAACUGUUAUCGAUGGACACCGUAUCAAUCUUGAAUACGUCGACCAUGCUCCUAUCACUACGGUAGUUUCACCUGAAGCUGAGCGAUCAGAAACCGAGACUACAGCUCCCCAGACGUCAGGGGUCGUCCGUCACGAUACCGUUGAAGAUCAUCUGAUUUCCAAGGACAACACUGACCCAGAGCCGCACAGAAAUACAGUACAUGACUUGUUACUUGCUCAAACAGAAGCCCGCUUUCCGCCGGUGUCCCAGCUGGAUGCACACAUGCUUGCUGGCCAGUCCUCAGGUACAGGUCAAGAAGAUACGUCAUCACAUACUAGGAACGCACAAGAGCCUCAGACAGCCAUUAGAACGGCCGCGGAAGAUUAUGGCAGUUCAUAUGAGCCUUUUCCGGGCGCUUCCCCACAGCGUCCAAGGGGUCCUAUUCCGAAUUCUGCAGACACCCAGCCUUUCUCUACCCCUCGCCAUCUACCUGCUCAUCGUGCCCUGCCAUUCCGUCCCAAUCCACAUUAUUACCACCCUCGCCGUGCAGCCACCAUAAGGGAACCGGAGACACACCGCAGGUCUUUCGAUCCUUUUGAACCUCAGCCUGGAUUGAGACGACGAGCCACUGAACGCCACUCUCUUCGUGGGCCAUACAGGGGCCGUAUGGGUCCCCGCCAUCGAGCAUCAUUUCACCACUUCUCACAGCUCGCUACAGAGCAGACACCGAAUCUGAGCGCCCCCGAGGAAGGGACAGAAGUGCAGGAAUACACGAGAUCGUCCAGGGAAGAACAUAACCAGCGUGCUAUAGAUGAAUGCGUUUCUACUUUAGUUGAUAUGGGUUUUGGAGGUGAAGAAGGAGGCGGUCGCCAGAGAUUGGAGAUAUAUGCAGCCGCAACUAAAGGCGAUCUUGUUGAGGCAAUUGAGAUGAUUGAGGAAGAACGCAAGGCUUAUGAGCAGCGUGAAUAG